AUGAUGCAGGAAUUAGAGUGCCUUCGCUUCGAAGCAUAUGAGAACUCCAGGCUAUACAAAGAGAGGGUGCUGGUUGUGCAUGACAAGAACAUCAAGAGAAGGGAGUUUAGACUAGGAGAGUUAGUCCUGGUCUACAACUCAAGGCUCAGACUCAUGUCAGGCAAGUUGAGAUCAAGGUUGGAAGGACCCUACAGAGUAGAAAAGGCAGAACCAUAUGGCGUCUUUCACCUGAGUCAUCCUUCGAGCCCCAACUUCUUCAUGGUCAAUGGCCACCACUUAAAGUUGUACCAUAGUGAAAAGAUGAAGAACAACAAGGAGUUGGAGAUCUUCCUCUUGGCGGAUCCAGCAACAACAGAAGACUGA